AUGCUGCGCAGGACCGUCUCCUUCCCCAUUGAGGUAAUAUCUAGAAGUCUGUAGCUAGAAUUUGUUCAUGCCCCCCCAAAAAAUAUUGUUGCUUUGGCAAUAUUGGGUUAUUUCAGUUUCAUGUCAAUAAAGCUCACUUGAAUACUGUACUAGUAGCCUGCUAUUGUUUUGCUUUAUAGUCAUUUGUUAGCUCUUUGAGAGUUGUUUAUGUAGACCUAAAGCCUUUCCUAAUGAAGUUGUUGUGGUUGUUCUAAUGUAGGCGGGACAGCUGCAGCAGCUGGGUCUAUUGGGCUGUGCCUCCCACGGUGUGACAUCGUGCUCGGUGCUCGACCUCCCGGCUCUCCUCAACGCUCACCGGGGGCAACGCCAAUGGGAGGAUGAGCGGCGGGGCUGGUACCAGGGGCAUGCCGAGGCUGGCCAAUGGGAGGAUGACGGAGGGCUAGUGAUCAUGCCCUCUUCUACUGGUGAGAGUCGACUCGUCUGACAAUCUACCAUUCUUUCCAAUUCUGAUUCUUCCUUUCUAUGGCUCUUGAGGUUACAAACAUGCAGCUAAUAGUCAGAUUUGUUGACACAUCAGUGACGUAUUGGUAACACUUGGUCCUUUCUCUCCUCUUUCCUGUCCCCUGUGUAGGUAGCACCAGGGGACCCAGGUGUAGGGAUAUGUAUGCCAGCUCAGACCAGCUAAGGUGAACACACACACACACACACACACACACACACACACAGUUAUGGCUGUAGUCUACAUCUAUCUGCUCAUAUCUGUGUGUGUCCACACUUACAUUUAGCUUGCUCUGUGUCUGUGUGUGUUUAGGUCAGUGGAAGAUGAUGGCAAUGAUUAUGAAGGUGAGUCUCUAUCUGUUAUGGAUGAUCUUUACAUCCAAUUCAAAUGACAAGGUGUAUGUAUUGGGGGAGUUUUGCGUUUGUGUAUGUAAUGAUGUCUUGUGUGUGUGUGUGUGUGUGUGUGUGUGUGUGUGUGUGUAUUUCAGAGGAGAAGCAAAAUGAUGGGUCUGUCAGGCUGUAUGUGUCAGAGGAGGAGAGGAUCCUCAACUCUGCAGACCUGUGAGUGCCCCAGACAACUCCCAUCGCCUGCCGUAGUGCUGUUGUGAUAGCAGAGUUGGUGUAUUUACCACUUUCUAACAUGUGUUGUAGGAGUGCAGAGGAGAGGCGUGAUGUUCUAGCAGAGUUGGUGUAUUCCCGAAGCAGCCUAAAGCAAUUGAACUCAGAGCUGCAGAGAACAGUGGAGUUAGCCGAUGACAACAACACACUGCUACGCACUGAGAACGCUGCCCUGCGCAACCAAGUUAAAGGGUAACAGUAGCAACCACGCAGACACACUGCCCUGCACAACCAAGUCAAAUGUAACCAUCAAUCAAUCUGUUCAUCAUUAUUUGUGUGUGUUUGUCAGGAUGAAGCAGUCGAUCCAUGAUGCAGAGCAGCUGAUGGAUGAGCUGGAGGAGAUCCGGAGCUUAUCAGCUGAGAAGGACUGCGCUACGGGCAACCUGGAGGCCUACAUCAAACAACUGGUGGGUUACCAGGAAGUGGUGUACAGCAAUAGCAACCAAGAAACCAUAUAUACGACAAAUAAAACCAGACAACUGAACACACCUGAUUUGACCAAUCACUUCACCAACUGAGCUAAUUGGUCAAUAGGAAGUGCCCAGGAAAGAUAUAGAGCGUUGAUAAACUGAUGAUGAGAAAUACAACUGUUUUUAUCCCUUGUUCCGGCAGGAGAAAGAGAAGGAGAUUUUGGAAGACCAGAUCGAGACCAUUGGCAGUGAGGUAUGAUGACCUCUAAGGCUUGACCUUUGACCCUGUUAGACAAACUGAACGUUCCACUGGCCAGCCAAUAUGGAGGCAUAAUAUUAAUUUGUUGUCCUCAAAACAUCACUGAACUGUUCUGUUCUCUUUCUCUCUCUCUCUCUCUCUCUCUCUCUCUCUCUCUCUCUCGCUCUCUCUCUCUCUCUCUCUCUCUCAUCCCUAGAUGUCCCGUAUUAUACCAGAUAGAGCCACUGACAAGAAGAAGAUCGCAAACCUCAGCCAGGCUCUACAGGCCUUACAGGUAGCAGACACACGCUCGGACAUCCUACCACCAGAUCACAGGUGGGUGAUUGUGGGCCACAGGCUUUUGUUCCAGCCCAACUAUUAACUGUUUGUUUGUGUGUGUGUGUGAAAAAGCUACGGCUGGAGGAGAGCAGACUCACCCUGGAUCAGAGGUAUGAGGUCAUACAUAAGGUAGGUGAUAACUCCGUAUUGAAAAGAAUGUUUACAUGUCAAAUAUGCCCUAAAUACCCAAUACAUUUAACCGUUUUUCUUUAGACAUGCCACAUGGCUUGCCAGUUUAAAUUAGGUCCAUUGCAGUCUUUUAGCUGGCUGGCCAGUGCCCAACAUCUCUUUGUGUGUCUCUCCUACAGAAGGACUUUGUUAUUGAGCAGCUGGAGCAGUCCCUCACAGAGUACUCCUCCAUCGCACAGGUACAACACACACACACAUUUUACAUAUGCCUGAUGUAGACCUCACACAUCUAACUGAUACACACUGUGGGCUUUAUGUUGUGUGUGUGUUUCUCUGUUCUCAGGAUCUGAAGGAGAAGAUGAAGAAUCUGGAGAGCCAACUGGCAGAGGCCCUAGUGUAACUACACACACACACACACACACACACACACACACACACUCAAUGAUAACACCCCUCACACAUCACUCUAAUUUUGGCACAUUCUUUGUAAUACCCUCUCUCUCUUUUUUGUAAUACCCUCUCUCUCUUUUCCCCCUGUAUUUCCCUCUCUCUUUCUCGCUCUUUAGUAUUGGAGGAGAGGGGGGUUACAUGGCGUUAGAUGGGACUCUGUCUGCAGCCACUCAGAGCUCCAUCUCUCUAGCGGAGGAACUGGGUCUACUGCCAUGUAGGAUGGUGGGUCACAUACACACAACAUAUGACCGAUCACUCUUUCCGCAUCUUCCCCCAAAGUGCAGAAGUGUUUGUCUGUAGUGUUGUCUUCACUGUGUGGUGAUCAGGUAGUACUACGGGACAGUGUGAGCUUAGGGUUGGGUAGGACUUAGCUGGGAGGCAGGCUGCCUUCACACACACACUGGGGGAGAUGCGCUGUUGCUAAAUGCGUGUGUUCACUUCCUACCCCAGGAUGAGUCCUCUGAUGAGGAGGUGCAGGAGCAGAGAGAGGAGAGGGUAGAGAAAGAGGAGAUGCAGAGAGUGGAGGAGGGGGUAGAAAGAGAUGAGAAAGAAGAGGAGGAGGUUAAGGAGGAGAAACAGCUGUUACAGGACAAAAGUUGUGUGUGGUCAGAUCUGGUGGGAGGUGUCCAGGCAGCAGGAGGUUUCAUCCUGGGUUUCCUGGUUCCUCUGGGUGUGCUGGUCUCCAUGGUCCCUGGCUGCUACGACCACUGUUCUGGACUCAGCUGCACCGAUACCCUCUGGUCUACUGCCAGAUACCUCAUACAGCCAUACUGUAACGUGCAUCACAUAGGCCUUCCUCCUCUGUAA